GAUAUCACGAAUGCAGGCACGACGAUGUAAAAAUCAGUCGAACCAGUGAUGGAGACAAUUACUGUGUUCAGGAUGGAGAUCAUCCACAUCGUCAACGUCAUCGAUCUUCUGUCGGAAUGUCGGUGCUCUCUGGUCGAUUAAGCCGACGGCUGUAAGAAUAAAAGACCUGGGGAAGAUUCACCAACUCUUUCUUGUUCCAUUCGUCUUGUCAGCUCCAGUCCUGCACAUGCCCCGGAUGUAUUUUCCAGACCAACAAGAAACGCACGCCGUUCACGCGGAAAGCAGCCCGUCUUCUGGCAAUGGCACCGACUAUGAAUCCAAUGCGCCCGUGGACAUUGCCGAUGAGCUCGCAGAAAAGCAAAGCUCCCGCUCGGAUGGCAAGCGGGAGCUGAAGGAAAGCGAUUGCUACGAGAUCCUGGGCUACUCGUGGCCACGAUGGAAGAAAUGGACUUAUCUCGCCGCGGUCGCGUUCGUGCAAGUUUCGAUGAACUUCAACACUUCAGUCUAUCCAGCUGCCGUCAAACCUCUCUCUGAGGCCUUCAAUAUUAGCGAGCAACACGCUCGGACGGGCCAAAUGGCCUAUCUAGUGACCUAUUCUAUCGGGUGCGAGCUGUGGGCGCCCUGGUCGGAGGAAUUCGGUCGUUGGCCCAUUCUCCAGCUCUCCAUGUUCCUGAUCAACAUCUGGCAACUUCCAGCAGCCCUUGCCCCCAACUGGGGCUCUAUGGUGGUCGCUCGUGCAUUGGGUGGCAUUUCUACUGCGGGUGGCAGUGUCACUCUCGGUCUGAUUGCCGAUAUCUACGAGUCCGAGACACAGCAGUUCCCUCUUGCCUUUAUCGUCCUAUCCUCUUGUAUUGGUACCAGCAUUGGUGGUGUGAUCGGUGGGCCAAUUGCGCGCUUCCUUGACUGGCAAUGGUUCUUUUGGAUCCAGCUCAUCUUCGGAGCAGUAACCCAGGCCAUCAUCUUUUUCAUGCCCGAGAGUCGUUCCACCAUCAUCAUGGAUAGGGAGGCUAAGCGCCGCCGGAAGUCAGGAGAAGACCCGAAUAUCUACGGACCAAACGAGCUGAAAGUUCCUCGCAUCUCCUUCAAAGAAGCCGGCAAGAUCUGGAUGCGACCAUUUCACAUGCUGUUGCGCGAGCCCAUUGUCCUGUGCUUGUCCCUGCUGUCUGGUUUCUCCGAUGCUCUGAUCUUCACCUUCCUCGAAAGCUUUGCCAUCGUUUACGAGCAGGGAUGGGGCUUUGGUACGCUUGGGCAAGCGUGGGCGGUGAUUCCCAUCAACGCGGCCUACUUCAUCGCCUACUUCAGCUACUUUCCCUGGUUCAUGCGGGAUGAGAAGCUGCGUGUCCGACACGGGGAUGCGGCGAUCCCACCCGAGCGUCGCCUCAAGUGGCUGCUCUUCCUGGCGCCAUUGGAGCCCAUCGGGUUGUUCGGUUUUGCUUGGACCACCUUUGCCGCAGGCGACUCGCGCAAUGUCCAUUGGAUCGCGUCGAUGAUCUUCUCCGCAUGUGUCGGGAUUGCCAACUACGCGAUUUACCUUUCCUCCGUGGAUUACAUGGUCGCUUCCUAUGGCGUCUACUCGGCCUCCGCGACGGGGGGUAAUGCUUUCGCUCGUGAUCUUCUCGCUGGUAUUUCCGCCAUGUACGCGACGCCCAUGUACAGCAAUAUUGGCGACGAGUGGCAUGUUCAAUAUGCGAGCACCAUUUUGGCUUGUCUUUCCUGUCUCGUUGUCAUUCCCAUCUAUAUCUUCUAUUGGAAGGGACCGCAAAUUCGUGCAAACAGCAAGUUCGCUGCCACGCUGGCAGCCGAUAGAGUGCAGAACAAAGGGCGACGUGUGAGCCAGAUCAGUGCUGAGCCGUGAUGGGGAAAUAAGCAGAUACAAAUGCAUAUGUAGUAUGAGUGGAAAUCGCGCGUGGGGCCUUUUGUUCUUGAAACCUGUAUAUAUGAAUUGUCAUGAACGAUUGAAUGACGGAAUGUUCUAUUUACUCUGUGUCUAUUGAACUUUUCUGACGAAUCUGAAUCCCAACAUGCACCGGUCACUAUCCUCGCGCAGUAUGGCAUCACAGUAUGCCUGCAAGCACCUA